GAUGCUUGUAAGCCGCAUUGGAUCGAUGAUGCCGUUGUCUGCCUCCAUCAACUCUCCAACCAACACUGUGCUAAAUCCGAACAUCAUCGGUCUGCAGGACUCAAGAGCCAUCCGGAGCGGAAGUUUUGUGGUGAUUCACGGCCUCCAGUCCGACCAGGGAAAGACUCUGAACGGUCAAUGUGCGAAGGUCAUGCGCUUAGGCACCGGAACGUGCGGCGGGGACCACGGCGAGAAUGUUAGGCAUGAGUUGCAGUUGCUUGACGCAAGCACCAAAGCGAUCAAGUCCGCUAAUCUUUGGAAGCCGGACUUCGAUCUUGGAACCCGAGUGGAGAUUCAUUCCGUGACAGAAAGCGG